AAAGAGGGCAAAGAAAGAAACAUCCCACUUUCUCUCCUUCAGUCGCAUUCUCUCUAUUCCCCCAACCACCCCAUAUUUCGCCCACCAUGGCCGACGCGCUGGUUGAGAACACUGCUAAGCUUCAGCUCGACGAGGAGACCGGGGAGAUGGUCUCCAAGGGCGAGCUGAAGAAGCGAUUGCAGAAGCGUGCCAAAAAAGCCGCCUCCGCCAAAGCUGCCGCCGAGAAGCCCGCCGCUGCGCCCAAGACCACGGCUCCGAAACCUGCCAAAGCCCCCGAGGAGCAGCUCGACCCCGAUGCCAUGUUCAAGCAGGGCUGGUUGGCUGGUGUGCACCGCGAACGCCCCGUCAAGCCCGUCGUCACGCGAUUCCCCCCCGAACCGAACGGAUAUCUGCAUCUGGGACACUGCAAGGCCAUUGCGAUUAACUUUGGUUUUGCGCGGUAUCAUGGGGGUCAAACUAUUCUGAGAUUCGACGACACGAACCCCGAGGCGGAGGAGGAGAAAUACUUCUUGGCGAUCGAGGAUAUCAUUCAGUGGCUGGGAUUCAAGCCUCACGCGAUUACGCACUCCAGCGACAACUUCGACAAGCUGUACGAGCUGGCCGAGAAGCUCAUCAACCUCGAAAAAGCCUACGUGUGCCACUGCAGCGACGUUGAGAUCAAGGAGCAGCGCGGUGGAGAGAAGAACGGUCCUCGGUUCCGCUGUGCGCAUGCCGAGCAGGACGUUGCGACCAACAUGCAGAAGUUCCGAGACAUGCGGGACGGAAAGUACGAGCCUCAGACGGCUUUCCUGCGCAUGAAGCAGGAUAUUGAAAGCGGCAACCCUCAAAUGUGGGAUCUGGCGGCCUAUCGCGUGUUGAAGAAGCCUCACCACAAGACGGGAGACCGGUGGCAGAUCUAUCCCACGUACGAUUUCGCCCACUGUCUCUGCGAUAGCUUCGAGGGCAUCACGCACAGUCUGUGCACCACUGAAUUCAUUCUGUCGCGGGAGAGUUACGAGUGGUUGAACACGUCGCUGGGCGUGUAUGAGCCAAUGCAGCGUGAAUAUGGCCGCAUGAACGUCAGCGGAACGGUAAUGAGCAAGAGAGCCCUGAAGAAAUUGGUGGAUGGCGGCUACGUGCGCGGGUGGGACGACCCCCGACUAUACACCGUCAUCGCCCUGCGUCGCCGAGGUAUCCCCCCGGAGGCCAUUCUGUCGUUCAUCAACGAGCUCGGCGUCACGACCGCCAAGACCGUCAUUCAGAUUUCCCGCUUCGAGCAGUCGGUGCGCUCCUACCUCGAGACGCGGGUACCCCGUCUGAUGCUCGUCAUCGACCCGCUCCCCGUUGUCAUUGAAGAUUUCGAUACCGUCGACGCCGCGGAGACGGAGCUGGAUAUUCCGUUUGCCCCCAAGGAUCCCGCCAUGGGAUCCCACAAGCUCACCUGGACCAAGACCGUCUACAUUGAACGGAGCGACUUCCGUGAAACUGACAGCAAGGACUACUUCCGUCUGGCACCCGGAAAGACGGUCGGUCUGUUUAAGGCGCCGUUGCCCAUCACGGCGACUAGCUUCUCUACGGACGCCAACGGCAAGGUCACCGAGGUGCGCGCGGUGCUCAACCGCGACGGCAAGAAGCCCAAGACCUACAUCCACUGGGUGCCGGAGGGAUCGCGCAAGGUGGAGGUUCGCGUGCACGACGCCCUGUUUAAGUCGGAUGACCCCACCGCCGUGGAGGGAGGUUUCCUGAACGACAUCAACGAGAAGAGCGAGACCAUUUACCCCGAGGCUCUGGUUGAGGCCGGAUUCGACGAAGUGCGCCGCCGGGCUCCUUGGCCUGCUGCGGCGGGAGAGAAGGGCAAGAGUGGACCGGAGAGCGUCCGGUUCCAGGCCAUGCGGGUUGCUUACUUUGCCGUGGACUCGGACUCGACCGACGACAAGGUGGUGCUUAACCGCAUUGUGUCAUUGAAGCAGGAUACCGGCAAGGCUGGCAACUAAGGGAGGAACCUAUACAAAGAACAAUAAUAUUGACGAGCGAGCGAUAGCUCUUGCAUGAUUGAGCGGUGAAGUAGAAAAGUUUACAUGAUGAGCAUGAGUUAGGUUUACGAGUUACUGAAUGCGAGGAAGACCAACAAACGAACAUAUUCAUAACCCUCAUACCAAAGUAGUCCAGGGCAUCCCAGCUAGCUACCCUUCCUUGCCUGAACAACAGAAGUCGCCCAGCUAUACCUAGCCACUCUUACCUCCCUAUGAAUACUCUCCCCAGACCCAGGGCAAAACACCAAAAUCCACCUCCCCCAAACCCAAACCCAGUCCCAACAAACCAGCCGGAAGGAACUAAAUAGCAGCAUGCCCAUGCGUCUCAAACGGCAACCCAAUACACAAGACCCCAACAGCGACCCACAGCGCCGCACUCGCAUAAAUCGGCGCCGGGGUGAAUCCCGUAUGCGAAGACACCAAACUCGCCGCCAGGCCGCCUAGCCGUAACAACGACGCCGCGGUGCCGGUGCCGGUGCCUCGAUGUGGCGCGGGGAAGGAUUCGGGCGUGAAGGCGUACAUUACUGCGUAUUCUGCUCUCUGUUAGCUUUCUCCUAUCAUGUCAUGCCUAACCGGGGUCUCCACCAAGGAACAGAACAGGAAAAGGGCAAAUAUACCAAAAUUCCCCAACGCCCCCGUAACACACGUAAACGCCAAACUGGCAGUCGGGGUAUUCACGCCUACAUACGCGAACAGAAACACGCCGGUCACGAUAGACGAGAUACCCAUCAUCCAGCG